AUGGCCCUAGUUCAGCGUGAUACCAAAGUGUCUUCCUCCGAGCACAGCAUGGCGUCUGAGAAAACUGCUUCUGCCUGUCAACAAGACCCGACUCCGCCGGAUAGCCCCAAUAGCGACUUUACUAAACCUCAAGAAAACGAGCUGAAGAAGCUCCUUGGGAGUGUACUAUCCAAAUUCGAAGGUCCUCCGAACAGCCCCGUCUGCCAGGGAAAUUAUCAACCAGGACCAGAUGCAAUUGAAUUGCAGAUAUUGCUUGCGCAGUUCAUCCGCGGUAAACAGUUGUCUACGGUGGUCGAAAAUACCAAGUCUCGUUUUGAUGGCAGUGAACAAGAGUCCGCCACUCCGCUGAUAGGCGAAGCAAAUCCCCCGAUCUGUACCACACCGGGUGAUUUCAAGUCGUUUGAAAAAUGGGCAUCAAAAUCCCAAUUCAUAACAGUUUUGGAAACCUGGGACAAGGAAGCAAGCAAAUACAAGAUAGCAGAGCCGGUGGACGCCAGCUGCGGUCCGGACAACUAUGCUGAAUAUGCAUUCGUUGUACGCAAACGUGUGGAUCGAGAUACCGGGGAGGUGACGCUGUACAUAGAUGUCAAAUCGGAAGGCUUGCGUAACAUACUUCGUGAGGUGCUGCACGACAUCAAAUCUAUUAGCCUGAUGGAGGACAAGCCAUCGAUUGAGCAAAACGUCCUUUUCCAUUUCCUCCCCGGAUUCGGAGAAUAUGCGAAUCAUAUGGAAAACGGUCCGGACCGCGGGUCGGCACAUGCGCAGCAUCUCCGCCUGCUCAUUGACCACCUCAAACACGCAUAUGCUCCUAUCUCGCAACGUCUCGAGUCAAUGUUACAGCACGGCCAUAUUACUUACGACCUUCUUUGGGCACUUUUCAAGCCUGGUUGCCAUAUGUAUACCACAUGUAUUGGCACAAAAGAGCCACGGUGCGUCAUUUUCGACGCAGGGGAAGAGUUAACAAGACAUGACGAGACGUGGUUCAAUCUCGAAUGCCGAUUCCUUGAUUACGACGGAGUCAAGUUCGGCGAGGCCGGAAUCUUUCUGCGUGUGCCAAAGUUCCGAGGGUCAAAGCCGAUCGCGACUCUUGAGGCUUACCCUCUCCGCCACCAUCCGAGUCACGAGCAAGUCCGAAAAGACCUAGUCGAGAGAGGCGAAAGGUUUCGAGAUUUUGCUGGCUCGCAUAUUCAGCACUGCCAAGGCAAUGCAUUCUUUAUGCACAAGGGCAAGGCUAUCAAAGUCAACAUCAACAGUCGAGUCGUAGUGGACGCCGCAUUUUUCCAUGAAAUGCAGCCAAACUACUCCCGGCCGUCUCUCUGCGACAUGGAGGCGAAGGAAAAGGACGGCAUUGCCUUCUUUGACAUAGGUGCAAUGUUUAUGGAGGAACGUGAGCAAGAAAAGGAGAAAAUGCGAGGAGACGGCGUGGAACCACAAAAGCUGGACGAGGCCGAUGUAUUAAUCGCCUGUCCAACAGUGUGUUGCUUCAGUUUCAAGGAAAAGAUGUUUUUGGAAUGCGCAGUUAGUGCUCUUAGGGAUGUAAACUGGUCACCUGAAUCAUUUGACUGCCUGCAAAUUCCGCCAGAGAACAAGACACUUCUCUUAUCAAUGGCAAAAACCCGCUUGGGUUUGAUACCGACAGUACCCUUUGACGACGUAAUUGACGGAAAAGGUCAAGGACUCAACAUCCUUUUAGAGUAUGUCAACAAAUUAUUUAUGCAACAUAUCAAGACUUCCAUCCUAACCAGAGUUAGUGGGCCGCCCGGCGUCGGAAAGACAUUUACGGUUGAAGCAACAUCGGAAUAUUUCAAGCUGCCUCUAUACUCGAUAUCUGCAGGCGAGCUCGUUGUCGACCACGGAGAUUCCAAUGCGCUUGAACAACAACUUGAGACUAUUUUCAAGAUCGCUCAUCACUUCAAAGCCGUGCUCCUCUUGGACGAGGCAGAUGCGUUUAUGGAGCAGCGUACCUCUUAUCACGGUGCUCACAAUCGUCUGGUGACUGUUUUCCUCCGAAAGCUGGAGUAUUAUCAAGGCAUUUUGUUCUUGACUUCGAAUCGGGGUAUUCAGUUUGAUGACGCAAUCCUCAGCCGGAUCCAUUUAAUCAUCACGUAUGAAGGCUUGAGCAGGGAAUUUCGCAAGGGUCUCUGGUCAACCUUUUUGGCCAGGGCACAAACAGUUCAAGGGUCUGCCAAGAUCGAGGAGCACGACCUUCGGCGGUUGGAGGCUUUGCAUCUCAAUGGGCGCGAGAUCAAAAACAUCGUAGCAAUUGCACAUGCCCUCGCUGAGGCGAAUGCCAGCCAAGUGGACUACAAAUACAUUGAGUCAGCCGCCGGCUCACGUAAAAAAUUUUCGAAGGAGUUUGGCAGACAGAUGUAUAUCUAG